AUGGAUUCGGCCGAUGAUCUCGCACACGCGAUCUCGGCGACGCGGCUGGCGGAAGGCACCGAGCCUGAAGGCACCAGCACUGUGCCGCCCACCACUGGAGAGCUCAUCGGUGGCCUCCCGCCCCCCGUGCUCGCGCUGUGCUGCCAGUUCGCGGGCGACAGCGGUUCGCUGGUCAAGCGAAUGGCGUGCUGCCACCGCGCGGCCGCCGAAGCGCGGUCGGAGGUCUGGGCGGCGUUGUUCACCGUCGGCACGCGCGUCGUGCUCCACGGUCUGAAAGCGGACAUUCUGAACCUGCGUCGCGGCACCAUCGUGAAGAGCCAGACCGCAGAGGACCGCGUCGGCGUGCGCUUGGACGGGGAACUGAAGCCCAAGAGCGUGCCCCGGGCCAACGUGCGGCUCGAGCGCGGCCCGCACGAGACGGGCGAGCCGGACGAAAUCCAUGAGAACGUCUGGUGCGACAAUUGCUCCACCAUGACCGCUCGCGACCACAUGCUCCAUGAUGCUCUCGCAUCAAUGAGAACUGGAAGAGCCGGCGCCGCGACACGGAGCGAGGGCUCGCUCGUCGGCCUGGUCUAUCGGUGCACCCGGUGCGUCCCCGACCCCGGCUACGACCUCUGCGAGAAGUGCUUCCGCGCGGGCGUGAAGCACUCGUGCCGCGAGCACGCGUUCUCGCUGAACCCGGUUCCUCCGGAGCACGCGCGGCUGAACCCGUCGCUGGCGCGGUACCCCGAAGACGACCCGUCCGUGUUCGACCCGGCCCGGUUCAAACCGUGGCGCGAGUCGAACGGGAACGACUUUGCGCGGUGGAUGGAGACCGGUUCGUCCGAACGGCGCGACGGCAUUAAGGUGCCGGCCUCGGCGGAGGAGUUCUGCUGGCGGACCGAGGGCUGGAAUUUGGACGGCCCGCGGACGCAGUUCGUCGUGAACAGCAUUUUCAAGGCGCGAUGGCCGCGCGCCGGCAGCCUGGAGAAGUUGCGGGACCGUCGCUUCCGGGAGUGCCCCAUGGUUCACAUUGAUGAUCUCAGGGCGUUGCCGCGGGACGAGCACGGCGAAGUUUCAUUUGAAGACCAUGAGCGAAUGUGUGAAAAUAUACGACGCCGCAACGAGGCCGAGGGCCGGGGCCCCUGGGGUUGA